ACUUGAGCAUUGAUAACCUCGACUAGUAGUCGAGCCCUAUAUGCUGCGGUCGUUUGGGCACAUACUAGUUUUAGUGUCGGACCACCGUCCCCGCCUCAGCGAUCUUAGUCCCCGCUCCUUCCAGAGUCCAAGCUAGCCCCCCAGAAUGGGCGGGCCUCUCCCGCUGAUGGCGCUGUUCGUUGUGGCAGUCAUCAGCCGGCAUGUGGUCUCAGCCACCGACUGCCGAGAGUCCAACUGUCAGUUUGCUGUGCGGAAGGAAUGUGAGCACUCCGGAACAGUAAUCUGCAGCAUGAAAGACGGGCCAAUGAAGCAGAUCAACAUCACGGCUACGUCAUUUCCAAGAGGUGUGCGUGACAUCCGAAUUUCCGAUGCCGAGAUGAUCACCUUCGAACCGGACGCCAUCUCCUCUCUGACAUCUCUGAAGGACAUCGAGAUCACCAACGUCAGCACCUUGAUCCUGCUGCCCCGCUCUCUGGCACGUGACAGCGAGGCCGAACAGAUCACCGUGACGAUACGCUCAGUGAAGAGUCUUCAGCUGCAUCCGGAAACAUUUCAUGGCUGGAGAGGCGACUCGACAAUCACCAUUGACGGCGUCAAUGACUGUCAGAUGUCAGAGCGCUCUAUGGCCGACGCACAGCUUCGCAUUUUGUCUUUGACAAGCAUACAAUCGCUGAUCGUUCAGGAAAGCGCCUUCAGCGCUGAUUCUACGAUAGAAACUAUCUAUAUGAGGCAGAUGAAGUACAUUUCUCUACAGGAGCGCGCGUUGGAGGCAAAGGUGCACUGGUUUCUGAUUCUAGCCACCGAGAACAUCACCGUACACUUAGGCGCACUGUCCCGAAACGCAAUGAUUCAGGAACUCAGCAUCGAAAGAGUGACGUGCCUCAACAUUGAAUCGGAUGGCAUUGAGGCAGAAAUUGCCGAGCUGAGUCUAAAGAACGUUGCCAUGGAAACUUGUGGCGAAAACACGUUCGGUGCCAAUAUUGCUACGCUGUCCCUGAGCUCGUCGCAUAUCCAUCGUACCAAGAAAAAUUGCUUCUCAACUGGUCACGGAAUGAGGAAGCUGACUAUAGAAAGCAGCCACUUGAACCAAAUUGAUGAAUCGGGCAUCAACGGGACGGUCACAGAAGCUCAUAUCAAGAAGAGCACAAUAGGAAAAAUAGCAAAGGCAGGGCUGCAGCUGAAUGUUACGACGCUUUCCAUUGAGAACAGCACUAUCAAUGAAGCAUCAGAAAAAGCAUUCGUGGUGCUUGCUGACAGCGCUAUCACAAUCAGAAACUGCACAAUCGAUGUUAUGGAAAAGGGAGCCCUCAACUCACUAAACGUGAAACAAGGCUACAGCACAGGCACGGCACACCCUCGGAUCCUGCUAGCCAACCUCCACCUAAAACGUCCACAGAACGGCUCGCUGCUGUUUGACCACAGCCAGGGAAUAACAGUGAAUGACGUCAAAACAGACAUUCCCUGUGACUGUAACAUAACUGUAACAUUGGGUCUGGACAUGUCUUCCGAGCACGCAUUCUGGAUCAACCAGCCUCUCUGCGUGAUCAAGGGCGUGAGACCGACUCUGGGACACUACCUGAAGGAGUUCUGCACGGAGCCGACGUCUUUAUCGUUCCCUAUUUUGCCACGUACCGGUAUUGUUUCCACCACAACGGUCACCUCCACUGGAGAACACAGACCAUCCCUAACCUCUGGGACUUCCUCGGAGAUCCCUGAAACGAUCCUCGAGGCAAAAGGCCAGCCGGAUGAUGUGCACAAUCAGGAACAUACCGUUAGCUCCUUCCACGAAACCGUGAUCGCUACCACCACUCCUGUCAUCGUGGUCGCACUUUUCUCGCUACUAGCCGUCUCUUUGUUCUUUCUUACCCAUUCGAAAUACCGUCUACGUGGCUCGCGAGAUGAAGAAUCAAAUUCGCAAAAUCGCAUAGCUUCCGUGGACUACCAUUUCAGGGAGCUUACGAGAGCCCUGCUGGAAUCCCCUGAAGCUCGACGUGGUGACGGAGAAGACUCACCUCGACCGAUCGGCGCACAGAUUCACGACGUAGUCGAGCCAGUCGACAUCAACUCUCACCACGCGUCAGAUCAGGGUGUGCCAACCAGUCAGGCCAGUGCCAGACCCGCCGGGACACACAACACACGUGUGAAACAUUCCGAAAUGAGGCCUCAGCACAUCUUCCUCAUGCCUCUACCGCCACCUCCACCAACAGAAGUGCUUGAAAUGCGUGAGCACAAUCAGGGGGAUGAUGAUGAUGUAUAUGAGGCUGUCGAGGCGCCUUACCAGGAAAUAGCCGAGUGUCAACAACAGAUCGAGGGGCGACUAUGCGAAUCACUAAGACGGUGAUAGUCGUGCAAACCCAUAUUAUCGUCGAACCGAAAUGCAUGAACAAAUACAUAUUUUAAAUAGUUGUGUUUAUUCUUUUGGCUUUUAGGGCGCACUUCGCCGACAAAUGAAGUUGUGGAGGAAAAGGCGAGGUCUGGAACCAUAGGCGUAGCCAGAGAUUUUGAGCUUGGGGGAAAAAUACGCCCGGUUAUAUAUGACAAGAUAUAACCGGUUUUUCCGCGACACAACGAGCGUCUUCUUUGGGGCGGCCCCGGAGCCGGGCCGGCCUCUGCGAGCAGCGUUCGGCGGCAGGCGGGCGGCCGCCUGCGCCCCCGGGCGGCAAGGCCGCUAAGGCGGCGGCCUCAUCUGAUUGGUGGAGCGACUUGUGUCACGUGACGGUGACGGCGCGGGGUUUGAGUGCAUUUGCGUGGUCACUCUGUUCUAAGCCGCCCGGUCUGACGCAAGUCAGCAGUGUUCUCGCUCUGAAAUGUUUUUGCGUUUACUGCGGUCGUGUUCAGUGGAAGCUGGAAGACAUCAAGGGGAGUAUAAGUUCGGUUUUAUAGCAAUGUUAUAUUGAUUGACGAGGAUGUUUUUUUUCCUUUCGGGGUUUUUGUUUAUUUUUUACUGGUUUGUUGUUUCUGUCUGAUUUUUUUCAUUUUCGGCAUGAGGUCUGGUUUUUUGUGUUUAUGUUAUGCUAUCACGGUAAGAAGAGGGUCGAUGAGCAAUGGGUCGGCAAAUGCCCGGUAUUAUAGGUUCUUUGAAGGUUAGAUGAAACAACGAAACUUGGACUGCUGGUAGAAAUAGGCUUGGUGUGUUUUUCAGAUUUUGGGAGAUUGGGUGUAGGUAUUUGCUAGGUGUAACAUAGCUGUAACUGUUUUUUGUUUCUUCCCUGGAACGGAGCGCCGGACUUUGCCAUUCUACACUCCGUGUGAGUGGAAUCAGCUCAUGCUUUCUCGGUGUAGCAGCUCAGAGUGCACGGCCUGGCCGGCGUAGGGUUUGGUGGCCACGUGGUGUUGGCCGGUGGUUGUGCAGAGAGUUGGUAGAAUUGCCGUUUUGUGGUGCCUGGGGUUGAACUGUGGUUCCCAUACAGGUGCACGGUUACUGGCGUAAGGUGUGCCAGGUGGGCGUACCCCGUGGAGAAUGAGCUGCUGGUGAUGUUGGCUCUGUCCGAGCGUGUCCGAGCGGGGUUUUCAUUAGUGGGUUAGGGAUUGUUGAUAACAAGGGUACCAACUAGGUACCGGGUGAGACUUGAGAGGGUAAAUGGAGUUCAUGCUAAGGAUAACCAACGCAAUGGUAUUGGUCUAAGUUGGUAUUGUUAUCUGGUGUUGAUAGGUUGGAAUGAAAGGUUUAGUGGGUGAUACAGAGGUACAGAGGUGAUACAGUGGAACCCAGUUUCGGUGUGAUAAGUCUCGGCAGACUAGGAUAUUAUGGAUUAGAUGGGGAAUUAUGUAAGAUGGUUUUGGGAUGCAUUAGCGAUAGCAUAGUAAGUUACAGGCUAUUACCCAGAGGAAGUUUUCACACCCAUGUUUAAAGGCUGCAGUAGGUAGGCAUGCCAUUUUCUAGGAUGCAAUUUUAGGGUAGCCCAUGAUUGUGUGGCUCUCACUCUGCAUUGAGGUACGAGUUAACUGUGUUUCGUUUUUUAUGGUAGUGGCGUUUGUAAAU